CGACAUGCAACAAAAGAAGCUGGAGUAUUGCAGUAACUUGUAGUCCGGUCACGACUCGUUUAAAACGUUCGCGUUAAGCUUAGCCAGUUUGUUUGGCCACGACUUCAGAAACAAAUAACUUGCCGUCGGUUACUCUAAUUAGUACUGUGACAUCCCUUCCGGCAGCCCGUGCCAGUGAUAUGGACUCAGAUCAGAAAGCUGAGGCUUCAACGCAAGCUUCCUUAAGUGAUGCGGACAAACAGCUGCCACAGUCAGUACCAGAAAUCAAACCUGAUCAAACCCCGCAACCGUCCGUCGACCGUUCAGAACUUAUAGCAAGAGCUCGCACUUUCCUAUCAACUCCCCAUAUCCGCUCGCAAGACGAUACCUCUAAACAUGCGUUCCUUGUCGAGAAGGGGCUUAGGCAAGACGAGAUCUAUUCACUACUCCGGGAAAUCCCUCCACCAGUACCACCACGGACAUAUCCCCAGCCUCCUCCAUCCAAUCUCCCAAAUAUGCUUGUUGGAAUUGCGCGUGUGUUGACAUGGCUCGCCGGUAGCUCUGCAUUCGUCCUAUUCAUCUACUACCGGUUCUUGCUACCGAGAAUCUCCCAAACUUACCACGCUCGCCGUGCACUCCGUGCACACCAGUCCGGACUCAUGCUCCGUCUCAACGAAUCCCUCGCUACAUUCAAGGAGAAGCAAGCGGAAUGUUUUGUCAACCUACCAAAACCCAUUUUAUAUAAAGAGGAGCCAGAGUGCGCAGACUGUCAUUCGUUAGAUGAUAUCCUCGCAUGUCGCCGCAAGGCAGACAUUGAUGACGAGGAUGCUAGUGACACCUCAAACGUCUCAAUUUUACGCUCUGCUAUUGAGGAACUGACUCGUUCGAAGGAAAGUACCGAGGGAAUAAGGACAGGGGACCUAUUUGAUCAUCUAGAAGCCAAGCUUCCAUGGUUGAAGGGAGAGCGAGGUGCUGAAUGUCAGAAUGACCUCUGGCAGACACUCAACAAAUCCCCUCUAUUCACUUCCACCUCACCGCAAUCUUCUUCUUCCUCGUCUAUCCCUGAGAACCCCUCUCACCUCCUCUGGUCAUAUAUUCCUCCACCAAUAUCACCCCCUCCGCCCAUGAUCGUCGCCCUUGACACUUUACAAGCAGCGCUUCCCCAUAACGCACCAGCCCCUCCGCUCUCCAAAACUGAAACAGUACCUCUUCGCCCUGCACAACGAACCCUUCAAACACUCGCAGAUUUCACCGGGUACAUCGCCACCCAAACAUAUGCGUUCGGGACCCACAUGCGCGGCAUCGGCGGCUCGCUCACAACAAAUAACACCGAUGUGGACGAAAUUCGCCGCGAGAUACGCGCACUCAAAGGUCUCGUUCUCAACAGACGCUCAUUUUUACCUGGUAUAGGGAUACCGCGCACUUCAAGCGAGCCAUCGAAGCUUGCAGGCGUAUGAAUUGUCUUAGUUCUUGUACAGACAAUAUGCUAUUUCUAUUGACAUAUAUAGGUUUGUUACCCAAACGAAUGAUGAUGCAGUAGGUGGAUUCAGUGGAAUCGCGUUGUAGGACGAAUAGAUGAGCAACAAUAGUCAUGGGGCCAAGUAGGCCACAUGCAUGGAGGACGAU